CGCAUUAUACGUAUCGUUUGGGGCUGUUCGAAUCGGCAGCGGAUGUCUUGUGGUUAUGUUUCGCUCCCCAAAUUCCGCGUGAUCUUCAAGUAUAAAUGCAUCCACUUUGCAUUGCCAGCGUUUAGUUUGCUGGAACAUUUUAAUAGAACGGGGGAAAAUCGAAACUUCUACAGCAAAAUGGUUGUGACCGCUACCCUUGUGACGCUUAAUAAUGGGCAAAAGAUGCCAGUACUUGGACUGGGUACUUAUAAUCUGAGAGGACAAAAUUGUGUCGAUGCAGUGAAAACAGCAAUUGAUGCAGGUUAUCGGCACAUCGAUACUGCCUCGUUGUACCAGAAUGAGUCCGAAGUUGGUCAAGCUGUGCGGGAGAAGAUCGAGGACGGUACCAUUAAGCGGGAGGACAUCUUCAUUACCACGAAGCUCUGGAACACGUCGCACGAACCGGCCCAGGUCCGUGAAGCGUUCGAUACCUCGCUGACAAAACUCAACCUGGACUAUGUGGAUCUGUACCUGAUGCAUACUCCGCUCGGUGCCACGGUGGAUGCGAACGGAGAAACCGUACUUACCGAAGUCGACUAUGUCACGACAUGGAACGCGAUGGAGAAGCUGCUCGAUACUGGCCGUGUACGUAGCCUGGGUGUGUCCAACUUCAACAGUGAACAGUUGCGCCGGCUCAUCGAGCAUGGUACGGUCAAACCGGUGACCAAUCAGGUCGAGUGUCAUGUACGGCUGAAUCAGAAAAAACUGAUCAAAUUCUGCAAAGAUCGGGAUAUCAUUGUAACCGCAUACAGUCCGCUCGUCCGUCCGAGCACUACCCUCGGUCAGGAUGAUCCCGCAGCUCCGAAACAUGCUUUCGAAGACGAACGUGUCGUUACGAUCGCGGAACGUUACAACAAAACACCGGCACAGGUUCUGUUGCGCUAUCUGGUUGAUAUUGGCACUGUGCCAAUCCCGAAAUCGGGCAACCCGGAACGCAUACGGCAGAAUUUGGACAUUUUCAAUUUUGCACUCACACCGGAAGAGGUUGGUACGCUCGAUGCUCUUCACACUGGCCAACGGCUGUCGAAAGUCGAAUCAGCAGCAGCACAUCCAUUCUAUCCAUUUCAUGCGGAAUUUUAAUCGGCACGAACCAAUAGGACACAAUAAAAGCAAACACACACACUUGUUGCGCUAAUGGUGCGGCCGGAAAUGAAUCUUUAUCAGCAGUUCUAGAACAGCAAACAAUUAACCACACAAACGAACAAUAAAUAUUUAUGAUGCACUUUUAUUAUUUCUCAAUGACGUUUGAGUAGUUUGAUAAGAUGUUUACGAUUGUUUAUGUAAUUUUAAAAAAGUGCGAUUUUAUUUUUGAUUUUAUCAUGUUAUCAAAAUUAUACUAAAUAACGAAAGCUCUAAAUAAAAAAUGUUAAUAAAUUU